GCCCGGCUUCGCCCGUCGCGGCUCUGGGCAAGGCGAGGAGGGCGGAGCUACCCGCCUGGCCCCGCCCCAGACUCCACGGCGCCGCUGGGCACGCUGGGAAGCGUAGUCCACUCCCGCCGCGAGGAGGAGGCGGCGGCAUGGCGGGGCUGGAGCUGCUGUCGGAGCAGGGCUACCGCGUGGACGGGCGGCGGGCCGGGGAGCUGCGCCAGGUCCGCGCCCGCAUGGGGGUCUUCGCGCAGGCCGACGGCUCCGCCUACCUGGAGCAGGGCAACACCAAGGCCCUCGCCGUCGUCUACGGGCCCCACGAGAUGCGGGGCUCCCGCAGCAAAGCGCUGCACGACCAGGCGGCGGUGAACUGCCAGUACAGCAUGGCCACCUUCAGCACCGGCGAGCGCAAGCGGAGGCCCCACGGGGACCGCGCCUCCAGCGAGAUGAGCCUCCACCUGAAGCAGACCUUCGAGGCCGCCAUCCUGACCCAGCUCUACCCUCGCUCCCAGAUCGACAUCUACGUCCAGAUCCUGCAGGCGGACGGUGGGAACUAUUGUGCCUCUGUGAACGCGGCCACACUGGCGGUCAUUGACGCCGGCAUCCCCAUGCGGGACUACGUGUGCGCCAGCUCUGUUGGCUUCAUUGAAGACACGCCCCUGGCUGACCUGAACUAUGUCGAGGAGGCGGCUGGCGGCCCCCAGCUGGCCCUGGCGCUGCUGCCCAAGUCGGACCAGAUCGCUCUGCUGGAGAUGAACGCCCGGCUGCACGAGGACCACCUGGAGCGCAUCAUGGAGGCUGCCAGCAAGGCCUGCAAGGAUGUCUACGUGGUGCUUGACCAGGUGGUGCGGGAGCAUCUGCAGGAGGUCACUGUCUUGCUGGGAAAGUGAGGCGCUCUACACCACCACCACCACCCACGCAGCUGGGGGGCAGCUGGCGGGGGCGCUUCAGCAGCUCCUGGCUCUCGUUGGGUGGGAGGAGACACUCCGGCCUCCUCACAGCAGCAGGCGUGGCCCUUGGCACUCACGGCGUACUCUGGGGGAUCGGCCAGAAGGGAUGUGCCCAGAACUGGCUCCCUUCAAGCCGAUGGUGGGGCAGGGGGGCCUUUAAGGAUGGGCAAGGGUGCACUUAACACCCCCACCUCACCGCGCUUCCUCCUCCGGCACUCUGUGUAGAAAUAGUCCCUCAGGGUGGCAGCGCACCUCCUUGCCGCUCCGUCGUUUCAGUGACCGGAAGUGCCGUGUGUGCGCACGCCUGCAACAAGCGCACAGCACUUCCAG